AUGCACCCGUUCCCCGUCUGGCCAGGAGUGCCGUUUCUCUGGGAACAAUACAGGUGCGAUUGUUACAAGUACUUCCAGUUCUACCUCUGCGGAUGCCCGGACCUCACCAUCGCGAAAAGCGGGAGGCCUCCUGAACACCAGCCCUCAAUUCGAAGAUGUGCCAUGUGGUACAAGCCGGAGUGGGAGCAGAGGCAGGCCGCCUCGUACCGCUUCGAACACAAACCCGACUGGGACCUGCCCUUCAAAGAGCCACAAGUGCUGCCGUUCCCAUGUUACCACCACUGGAAUCAAUCGCGCAUCUUCCUGGAUCCGUCGGCCUUGGGGGACCUGGGAAGGCGUCUGGACAACCCCGCGACGAACCCGCCCCGGGCGGCGCGAUGGAACCGGAAUAUACGGGCGCUGCAGCAUUUCCAGGAGCAAGGCCGCACCUGGGAAUUGAAGAAGCGCGUGCGCGAAGUUCUGGAUGACCCGUCGCAGCGCCCUUGCAAGUUGAGGAAACGUGCCGCUGACGAUUCGGAAACUGAAGCACUUCGGCCGAGAUUCCAUGCUCUGGCUUUGGACGACAGGCUUCGGGACUCGCUGCAAGAAGGCAUCGGUUCUGCUGACCAGACACUUGCGGCGUAUCCCUCUCCCCCCACUAGUGGUCCGUCUUCCUCCGGCGAUGAGAGCGGCUAUCACUCGGCCUCGCCGUCGCAUCCGGCUCCGCCUCCCGGCGGAAACUCCUGCAACGGGUCCGGCCCGGACUCUGGCAGGAGGAAAUUUGCAGCGCAUGUCGAAGACGCCAGUAGCACUGAGUCUUCCCCAAGGCUCGAGAGCGACACUUACUCUGCCUCACCUUUACAGCCGGUCUCACCCUCGCACCGAGCUAACCCUCCCGACGGAAGCUACCGGAACGGGUCCGGCCCCGGCUCUGGAAGUAGAAACAUAUAUGCAGCCUAUGUCGAAGAUGCCAGUAGCACUGAGUCUUCCCCUGGCCAAGAGGGCGACAUUUACUCGGCCUCACCUUUGCCAACUUGCCCUCCCGACGCAAGCUUCCUCCACUGGGCCUGGCUCCGCUUUAGCAACCGGAUGUUCGCAGCAGGUGACCUCUGGGGGGAGGGAGGGCAGAUCCCCCCGAGCGGUGUCUCCGAGACCGGGAUUCCUAGCCCUUCGAGCUCGCGCUCGCGGUCCUCUGACCAAUCCUCAGGGGCAUCGCCGGCCGCCUCGGACCUCGCAGCACCACCAAACCCGCAGCAACUGCCCACCCCUGAAGAAUCUUCGCGGGACGCGUCAGCCUCGGAACCGUCAGCCUCCGAAGAGUCAGCCUCCGAAUCAUCAUCACCAACACCGCCUGCAUCGCCGCUUCCACCACCCCCGGGGACCCCGUGCCCCUCCCAGCCAGAAGACAACCACACCCCGCCCAGCCCGCCACCAGCUUCUCCGCCCUGCCCAAGCCCACCAACACCGCCACCGCCAUCACCACCAUCUCCCGCCGCCCCAGCCAACCAACCAUACACCAACCCGCUUUUCGCGUACUUCUCCAUCCCACCAGCCAAGAACCAAAGCCACUUCUCCUCACUCACCUGGCUCCUCGAAGAGCAGCACGUCGACCUCUGGGCGCUGGACGGCUACCGCUGGCUCCAGCCCCAGCCCCAGCAGCAGUGGCCGUGCGCCCCGCGGUUUGACGGCAACACCCACCGGGGUUACGCGGGCGGCGCGUACAGGUUUGACCUGGAGACGCUGGGGUUGAUCAGGUGGGCGAACUGGCAUAAGUGGGACAAAAAGGGGCGGUGGGCGCGGGCGGUGGGCGACUGGUUCAGCAUGGGCGGGUGGGCGGUUGAGGAAGGGGGGUUGCUUGGUGCGCCGUUGAGUAUGGAGUGA